AAAAGAUGCGACCGGCUGUUACUUAUUGACCGAAAAAAAGCCCAAAGUUGUUUCAGCUAGCAUAUAUGUAUUAAUUAGCCGGAGCAGCAAGUGACAAUUAGGCUAAAAAAAAUAUGCCAAGUAAAUAAUUGUUCUUUCAUGCUUAAGGGAAACUAGGUGUACUGCCUACGUUAUAGCUGCUUAACACAACACAACAAAAUGACGAGCAGAUAGAGACUGGGCUGUGUUUCACACCAGAAGGCUGCUGUGUGUGCUCCUGCUGUCAACUCUGCUCUGCCGGUGGCCUGCUCUAGCCAUGAGGGUGCCCAAAUUCCAGGGUUGCUUGGGUCCGAAUGUGUACCCGGAGGUGCCUGAGGGCGGCUGGGGCUGGGCCGUGGCCGCGGCCUUCUUCGUGGUGGAGAUCUGCACCUACGGGACCCUCAAGAGUCUGGGCGUGUUCCUCCAGGAUUGGAUGACAGAGUUCGGGGAGAGCAACAGCCGAGUGUCGUGGGUCAUCUCCAUCUGUGUCUUCACCUUCACCUUCACCGCUCCUCUGUCCACCCUGCUGAGCAACCGUUUUGGCUAUCGUCCUGUGGUGAUGAUGGGGGGCUUCAUCAUCAGCCUGGGUACCAUCACCUCCACCUUCACCACCUCCAUCAAUGAGAUGUACAUCACCAUCGGCAUUAUCUCAGGCCUGGGCUACUGCCUCACCUUCCUCCCCACCGUCACCAUCCUCGCCCAGUACUUCUCCAGGAGGCGGGCCCUCGUCACCUCUGUCGCUUCCUCUGGAGAAUCCUUCGCUAUAUUCGCCUUUGCUCCUGCCUUCACCACACUAAAGGAACACAUUGGCUGGCGCUACUGUCUAGUUGUUCUCGGCAUCAUUCAGGCCUCUGUGAUUGGCUGUGGGCUUCUACUUCGUCCAAUCAUCAUCCAGCCUGUGCCUGUAAAGGAGGAAGAGGAAGCGGAUAAACAGUCUCUGUCUCUGAAGCAACUGGCGGCUGUUUAUGAGCUGGAGAACGAACAAACCAGAACCUCCAUCAACUCAGGAGUCUCGCAGGGCUCUGAGGAUUCAGGCGUCACCUCUCUGUCCACCUCUAACGGAGACCUGAGGACUGCAGGAGCUGAAACCAAGGCUCUGAUGGAGUGGGAAGUGCAGGACAAAGAGGGCCAGGAGCCGUCAGCGUCUAGACCUCCCAGCUCACUCAUUGAGAAGGACGAGGGGUGCAUUGAGGAGGCGGAGGCGGAGGCGGAGGCGGAGGCGGAGGCGGAGGCGGAGGCCGGUCCUCUGCAGCCCUCCAGCCCCAAACUCCUGGACUUCUCUGUGCUGAAAGACAGUGUCUUCAUCUGGUACUCUCUGUUCGGACUGUUUGCCACGCUGGGCUUCUUCGCCCCGCAGCUCUACAUCAUCGAGCUGAGCAAGAGCCGGGGCGUGGAGGCCAGCAUGGCCUCCUACAUGCUCUCUGUGAUGGCGGUGGCUGAGAUCUUCGGCCGCCUGUCUAUCGGGGUGGUGCUGAACAAAGUGUGCUUCAGGAAGACCCUGGUGCUGCUGGGUUGUGUUGUUCUCCUCUGCCUGGUGCUGGUGGCCUUCACUAUCGUAUGGGAGUUCUGGGGCCUGGUGGUCUGCUGCGCCCUCUACGGCUACUUCAUGGGCACAGUUGGCUCCACACACAUCCCCAUGCUGGCUGAGGAGGACGUGGUGGGCAUCCAGAAGAUGUCAUCCUCUGUGGGAGUGUAUGUCUUCAUCCAGAGCUUCGCUGGUCUUGCUGGACCACCGCUUGGAGGUGUGUUGGUGGAUGCAACAGGUAACUACGGUGCUGCCUUCUACUCCUGUGCAGCGGGCAUGGGGCUCAGCGCCAUCUGCCUGGCCAUGGUGGGCCCGGCUAAGUCUGGCAUGUGCCAAAGACAGAGCAGAGAGGAAGAGAAGGGUGAGAGGGCAGAGGAUGAGAACAUGUGUCAGGACGUUGAGCAGACAGACUUUUUGGAUGUGGACUUGGCUCCAGAGCAGAGUCCAGUAAGACAGGCUGUGGAUCAGGGCAGAGCCUCUGUGAUAUGAACCUGAGCACAGCUGGACAUCACCUCAGAACUCACACCAACAACAUCAACAAAGCAAACACAAGUCCAGAUGCACUUCAAGAGGCUGCAGAGUCACCAACACUAACCCUGCUGCUGGCUCCAAUCUCAGGUCUCUCUCUCUCUCUCUCUCUCUCUCUCUCUCUCUCUCUCUCUCUCUCUCUCUCUGACUAACCUGAAGCUCACUUCCUGCCAGUCAGGAAGCAGUCUCUCUGAGACCAAAGACAUCCAUGCUGAGCACAUGGAGUCACACCUUUCUGCACAAUCUCACUCAUCAACCCUCUGCGUAUUAUUAGAAUUAUUAGAAUGGCAACACCACUAUCUCAAGAAAGAAGCACUGUUGUCAUGGAGACCGAAGCUUCACAGGCACACGUCAUGAUGUAUGUCUGUCACAUUACUGCUGCUGCUUGUCGCUCACGUCGAUGUGUGCGUCCUGAUUCAAAGCUACACACACACACGCACGCACAUACACACAGACUGGACAUCCAGCAGGAAGUCCACCACUGAAUGCUUUAAAAUGUAAUCCCCUGCAUUGUGACCUGUAGAAAAUCUGAUGUGAUGCAUGGAGAAUGAUACUUGCUACUAAAACUUGAUCAUUUAGUCUGUACAUACGGUCUGUCUGAUGCUCUUAUGCACAUUCAUGUCUUUGUAAUUCUAGCAAUAUCUCAGCAGUGUUCCCGGAUCCUUUACAUGAAUGAAGGAGCUCCAGCUUCCUCUAAACAUGUAUUCAUAAUUCUUCUUCUUCUGCUCUAUGUAGAAGUGUUGACUGU